AUCUGGCUCGAUAGGGAGGACUCUCAUAGGCGAAGGUUCGGGAGCUUGUGCGCGCGGCCGCGGCAGGCGAGGCGCGCUCUCGUUCUCCUCUGCUGUCACUCCCCCUCCUCCCGGCUUUUGGUGAGCGAGGCUUUUCCAGCGAGCUCUCCCUGCAGCAGCGGUCGCAGCCGCAGCGCCAGAUAACCUUUGUGACAGCAUGGCCGACCAGCAUAAGGACUUCAAUAUGACAGAUGACCAUUUGGUGAGCCAAGCUAGGUGGAACCAGACAGGUGAGCCUUUUCAGGUGGGAGACAGGAAGGAGCUUCUUUCGCAGGGUGGAAUCCAGCAGGAUGGUGACACACAGUUCAAAAAGAAUGGAGACAAGCUGUCUGAGGGGAUGGAGCCUUCAAGCGUAAAUGGGUUGAGGAAAGGCUCUCCCCUCCAUAUACCAGUUGAUGAUGGAUCCGAUGAACCAGGGUCUGAUGCAUCUGAUGCUAAAAGUACCCCAACUGUGGAAGAGGCCACUGCUCCACUAGUGGAGGAUAGAGCACAUGAGGAUCGGACUGCAGCUCGGCAGCAUGCCGAGAUACUUGAGGGAACCACAGCUGAGGAAGCAGGCAUAGUAUCUACUCCUAACCAUGAGGACCAUGCUGCUGGGGAUGCUCAAGCUGAUGGCUCCCUCUACUUCAGAGGUGUUUUGAAAGAAGAUGUCUUUGGGCAGGGAAAGGAUGAAGACAGGGACAUUGAUGAAGCAGCUCAACAAGAUACCAUGGACGGGAAAAAGCCAUUUGUACCAGAAGAAGGAAGUGCCAUUUCGGAAAAGGAUCCCACUGAGUCAUUUUACCAAGUUGAAGUUGAAGCUAAUGUACAUAAGGAAAGCAAAUGCUUUGAACCUAUGGUAGAAGUAGGCAAGCUAUCAGACGACCACAUAUCUUUGGAAGGGGAGACAGUGGAUACGGCACAGAUCUCAGAUUUGGAAAACACUUUUGGAAAGAAAACUGCAAGUGGUAUAUCAGAGAAACAGAGCAGUCGGUUGCCACUUCUGAAAGCUCGUAUGGAUAACAAAAAUGGGACUGGAAAUGAAGAACUGAAACCAAAGGGUCCAGAUAUGAAAAAUGCAACCAAGAUAGCUGUUCCACGCCCUCCUGUGGCACAAAACCAGAAGAGCCCGGCUGGUACAUCUCGGAUCCCUGCUAAAACUCCUACCAUUCCCAAGACGCCCCCUAGCCUUGCGGCAAAGAAGGAGCAGAGGAGGCCCCCGAACACAAAAUCUGAGAAAGGUGAACAAGUAAAGUCUGGAGAUAGAAGUGGCUAUAGCAGCCCUGGAUCUCCAGGAACCCCUGGCAGCCGGUCCCGCACCCCAUCCCUGCCAACCCCACCAAACAGGGAGCCCAAGAAGGUGGCCGUGGUGCGCACUCCACCCAAAUCUCCUGCUUCAGCCAAGACUCGCUUGCAGACAGCUCCUGUCCCAAUGCCAGACCUGAAGAACAUCAAAUCUAAGAUUGGCUCCACUGAGAAUUUAAAGCAUCAGCCUGGGGGUGGAAAGGUGCAGUUGAUUAAUAAGAAGCUGGACCUUAGCCAUGUCCAAUCCAAGUGUGGAUCAAAGGAUAAUAUCAAACACACCCCAGGAGGAGGCAGUGUCCCAGUGAUUGAUAAGAAGCUGGACCUUAGCCAUGUCCAAUCCAAGUGUGGAUCCAAGGAUAAUAUCAAACACACCCCAGGAGGAGGCAGUGUUCAGGUGAUUGAUAAGAAGCUGGAUUUUAGCCAUAUCCAAUCCAGAUGUGGAUCAAAGGAUAAUAUCAAACACACCCCAGGAGGAGGCAGUGUUCAGGUGAUUGAUAAGAAGCUGGAUUUUAGCCAUAUCCAAUCCAGAUGUGGAUCAAAGGAUAAUAUCAAACAUACCCCAGGAGGAGGCAGUAUACAAAUUGUUUACAAGCCUGUGGAUCUCAGCCACAUAACAUCCAAAUGUGGUUCCUUGGAUAAUAUUCAUCAUAAACCAGGCGGUGGGCUGGUGGAGGUGAAAUCUGAGAAGCUGGAUUUCAAAGAUAAAGUGCAAUCGAAAAUUGGAUCGUUAGAUAACAUCACCCAUAUUCCUGGAGGAGGAAAUAGAAAGAUUGAGAGCCACAAGCUGACCUUCCGUGAGAACGCCAAAGCCAAGACUGACCAUGGAGCUGAAAUUGUCUACAAAUCGCCCACUGUUUCUGGUGAUGCCUCCCCACGGCGCCUUAGCAAUGUCUCCUCCACCGGAAGCAUCAACAUGGUGGACUCCCCACAGCUGGCCACAUUGGCUGACGAAGUGUCUGCUUCCCUGGCCAAGCAAGGCUUGUGAUUGUGUUUAAGUGGGUGGAGAGAAUAAGAAGAAAAGAAUCCACUCCGGCCUUUCUUUCUCUGUUCCUUUUUACAUCUGCAUCCCCCCCCUCCCCCUUCCUUUCUUUCUUAACUUAAUGGGCUAACUCUUUUAACCUGCUCCCACUCCUUCCCCAUUUCCUCCUUCAUCUCUGGCCUCAGGAUUUCAAAAUGGGAAAGAGAAUUUCCCACCAUUUCUGAAGAUCUCAGUCUAGAGAAGCAUAUCCUUUCUGUCCUCACCCCUAAACAAAAGGAAAUGUAAUUGGUUGCCAGGUGAACGUUUGCUGCUUUAGAUAAUCUAUCUUGAGAAAGAAGAAUGGUGUCUGCCGAUGUGCAUGUAUAGUAGUGAGUUAAGCACAUCCCCUUAAAUAGAGUCUCCCACAUAGCGAUUGCUUAUCCACCUUCUACAAGAAUCAUUGCUUUCAAGUAAUGGGAGAGGGAUGGGCGCCAGUGGACGGCUAGACUAAGUCAGAUUUCACACAUGUAGUUUUCAGUGUGGAACACCUGUUGGAUGACCCAGGCAAUAUGGUAUUUCAUAUUUCACUUGCAUAGAAAGAGCAAAAGGGAUACCACACAGAAAUAAUGAGAUGGGAGCAGCCAAAAGCUCAAUUGCAAAGGAUGCAUACACCUUUGUGCUCAUUUUGGGAAUUUGGCUACAGUCAUUAACCUCACACAAGUGUCAGACACUUC